AUGGGGAGGAAUCACGAGAGGACACACUCAGGCGAGAAACCUUACAUGUGCAGUGAGUGUGGGCGAGGCUUUAGUCAGAAGUCAAACCUCAUCAUACACCAGAGGACACACUCAGGGGAGAAGCCUUAUGUGUGCCGGGAGUGUGGCAAAGGCUUUAGCCAGAAGUCAGCUGUGGUUAGACACCAGAGGACGCACUUAGAGGAGAAGACCAUCGUGUGCAGUGACUGUGGCCUCAGCUUCAGUGAUAGGUCAAACCUCAUCUCCCACCAGAGGACACACUCGGGGGAGAAGCCUUAUGCCUGUAAGGAAUGUGGGCGAUGCUUCAGGCAGAGGACAACCCUUGUCAACCACCAGAGGACACAUUCAAAGGAGAAGCCUUAUGUGUGUGGAGUAUGUGGGCACAGCUUUAGCCAGAAUUCAACCCUCAUCUCUCACAGAAGGACGCACACAGGGGAGAAGCCGUAUGUGUGUGGGGUGUGUGGGCGGGGCUUUAGUCUGAAGUCACACCUCAACAGACAUCAGAACAUUGACUCAGGAGAGAAGCCAAUCGUGUGCAAGGAUUGUGGUCGAGGUUUCAGCCAGCAAUCAAAUCUCAUCAGACACCAGAGGACACACUCAGGGGAAAAGCCUAUGGUGUGUGAGGAGUGUGGACGAGGCUUUAGCCAGAAGUCAAACCUCAUUGCACACCAGAGAACACACUCAGGGGAAAGACCGUAUGUGUGCCGGGAGUGUGGGCGAGGCUUCAGCCACCAGGCAGGGCUCAUCAGGCACAAGAGGAAGCAUUCGAGGGAUAAACCUUACAUGUGCAGGCAGUGUGGACUAGGCUUUAGCAAUAAGUCAGCUUUAAUCACACAUAAGCGGGUACAUUCAGAAGAGAAGUCUUGUGUGUGCAGAGAGUGCGGCCAAGGCUUUAUCCAGAAGUCACACCUCACCUCACAUCAGAUGGCACACAAAGGGGAGAAGCCUUAUGUGUGCAAGGCCUGUGGACAAAGCUUUAGGCAGAAGUCUCAGCUCAAGAGACACAGGAAGAUAAAGUGCGUCCACCACAAACCAACACUCCAGCCCAACUCUGAGGCCUGCUUGGGACAAUCUGAUCCCUUGUAUUCUCUUUGAAAGUGAAGAUGGUGGAGAGGACUAAUGGUCAAAAUCUUUACACUUCCAUGUAAUGGAAUAGAAAAAUGCAUUCCAUAAGUGAUCAAAGGACAUUAAUUUAGUGUACUUUCUCCCCCGUCAAUCUCCAUGUUUUGUGGCCUUUUGUUCUAAUAAACUUUGCUU